AUGGCGCCGCCACGAGGAAGAGGAAGAGGAAGGGGAAGGGGCAGAGGCUCUUUUAGAGGAGCCCGCGGACGGCCUGGCCCUGCGCGAGGCGGAAGAAAUGGGUUUCAGACAUCUCGUCUGGACGAGAAGAAGGAAUUGACAUCGUCGGAUGAGGAGGAAGACCAGUUUGAAGGGUUCGACGAUAAUACUGAUGGCGACGGCGAUGAUCAAAUACAAGACGCAGAUAUCGCGAGCGAAUCGUCUUCGGAAGACGAAGAAGAAGAAGAGAACUCGACAGAACGCCCCUACAAUUCUCUCCUACAGCUACUGGAUGCCGGCUCGGAUCGGAGUCAUGUGCGCAAGAAACGAAAGCUUGACCAUAACACAGGCGACUCGCGCAAUGAUAGAAGUAGCUACGACGUGAACAUGGAAGAGGAGGCCGAUGAUCAAGAUGUUCUCCAGAACCAGGAAGCUUCGGAAGACGAGGAUGCUGCUGCUGAAGAUGAAGAGCCGGUAUCAGAUGACGAGGAUGACGAGGAUGCUUCGGAUCCAUUUGAAACGCACAUUGCCAGUCCAGACGAGGCUGAAAUCUCCAAGCGAGUGCAGGAAGUAACAGCAGGCAAAUGGCGAUCGGUCAAAGCAUCUCUGCCGGAAUCAUUCAAAUUGAUUUACAGCAUCCCAGACGGCGAGGGUAGCAGCUGGAACGUGCCCUCCGGUGUGAAGAGUACUCGGAAUUUGAAGCUCAAGAAGAAAUUGAUUUCUGUGGCUGCAGAAUCUAUGCCGAGCUUUAAGGGCGUUUCUCAAAGUAUCGCACCGCUGGUUUUCAACUAUAGUGACGUCCUCUUCAGCGGCAGGACAGCGUCGAAUGCCGCUCAGAUGCGCGAUAUUCUUAGUCUGCACGUCCUCAACCAUGUCCUCAAGACGCGUGACCGAGUGAUCAAAAACAACGCCCGGCUCUCGAAAGACACGACGACUGAAGACUUGGAAUUGCGCGAUCAGGGCUUUACCAGACCAAAAGCCUUGAUCAUCCUGCCGACCAGACAAGCAUGUGUUCGGUUCGUAGAAUGCAUAAGCAAACUCUACCAGCCAGAGCAGCAUGAGAACAAGAAGAGGUUUCUCGACGAAUAUAGUUCAACGGACAAUGAAUCAUGGGAAAGCAAGCCUGAUGAUUUUCGGGAUCUUUUCGGGGGAAACGACGAUGAUAUGUUCCGGCUUGGUCUGAAGUUUACUCGCAAGACUAUGAAGUAUUAUUCGCAGUUCUACAAUUCGGACAUCAUCUUAGCUAGUCCUCUGGGCUUGCGAACGAUCAUGGAUAAACAAGAUGAGAAGAAGAGGGACCACGAUUUCUUAUCGUCGAUUGAGAUAGUCAUCGCUGACCAUGCUGAUGGCCUACUCAUGCAGAACUGGGAGCAUGUGGAAUAUAUCUUCGAGCAUCUCAACCUGCAACCAAAGGAAGCUCACGGCUGUGACUUCAGCCGAGUGCGGACAUGGUAUCUGGACGACCGCGCACGAUACAUGCGACAGACUAUCGUGCUCGCAUCAUUCAUCACCCCGGAAAUCAACUCUUUAUUUUCCCAGCACAUGCACAACAUCGCGGGCAAAGCGAAACUACUCCCGCAUUACAACGGAGCCAUCACCGAACUCGCUCUGCCCGUUGCAGUAAAGCAGACAUUUUCGCGCUUUGAUGCUACGUUUGCUUUGAAGGACCCUGACCUGCGAUUCAAAUAUUUCACCACCGCCAUCCUGCCAUCUCUUGCGCGAUCAGUCACGGGGAAAGGACAGGGCAACGGCGCCGGGGUUCUGAUCUUUAUACCAUCAUACUUGGAUUUUGUGCGGGUGCGCAAUUUCUUUGCAUCCUCCUCGCAAACCACCAACAUCUCGUUCGGCGCUAUCUCCGAGUACACGCCGCAGAGCGAGAUGGCACGGACGCGCAGUCAUUUUGCGAGUGGACGACACUCGGUCCUGCUGUACACGGAGCGAACACACCAUUUCCGGCGGUACAACAUCCGCGGCGUUAAACAUAUCGUCUUUUACGGCCUGCCUGAGAAUCCGAUCUUCUUCAGGGAGAUUGUCCAGUAUCUGGCUCUGGACCCGGGGGCUACCGGCAAUAUGGAAGUGCGUGCCGUGUUCUCGAAAUACGAUGCUUUUAAGCUGGAGCGCGUUGUAGGCAGUCAACGCGCGGGCAACAUGCUCAAGGAGAGGGGCGGGGAUACGUUUCGAUUCGUGUGA